UGCCUUUCUCCUCUUAGCUUUCAAACUGAACAGUGCUGCCCAAGGCUCAGUCCAGGCUGUUUCCGUGUCUUCGGCUGCCUGGGUUAUGGCUCUGUUGUUCAACUUGAUCCUUGCCAUUUUCAUUAGACCUGGCCUCUCAGAGUCUCCACCCAGGGUGCGACUUGUGGGAGGUGCCCACCGCUGUGAAGGGCGGGUAGAAGUGGAGUACAAUGGUCAGUGGGGUACCGUGUGUGAUGAUGGCUGGGACCUGAAAGAUGUGGCCGUGGUAUGCCAGGAGCUGGGUUGUGGAGCAGCCAAGAUAACCCGCAGUGGUGCAUUAUAUAAGCCACCAGCCUCAAACGAGCAGCCUGUCCUUAUCCAAGGGGUUAACUGCAGUGGGAUGGAAGACACAUUGACUAAAUGUAAAACAGAUGAAUAUGUUUUGGAAUGCUCCCAUGAAGAAGAUGCUGGGGCAGUGUGUGAGAACCCAGAGAACAGUUUCCCUCUAGUCCCAGAGAGUGUGCAGCUGGUAGAUGGACCAGGACGCUGCCAGGGGCGACUGGAAAUGAUACACCGGGGUCAAAGGAGUACUGUGUGCAAAGCAGGCUGGAACCUCCGGGCUGCGAAGGUGGUGUGCAGGCAACUGGGAUGUGGGAAGGCACUUCUGACCCAGAGACACUGCAACAAGAUCACUCAGGGCAAAGCACCCAUCUGGAAAAGCCAGAUAUUAUGCUCUGGACAAGAAACAGACCUUCAGCAUUGCCUUUUUAGGCCUUGGGAGAACAACUGUACCCAUGAUGAGGACACAUGGAUCGAAUGUGAAGAUGCCUUUGAGUUGAGGCUGGUAGGAGGAGACAGCCUCUGCUCUGGGAGACUGGAGGUGCUACACAAGGGUGUGUGGGGGUCUGUCUGUGAUGAUGGCUGGGGAGAAGAGGAGGACCAAGUGGUAUGCAAUCAGCUGGGCUGUGGGGAGUCCAUCUUGCCAUCCUCCAAAGCCCGCAAAAGCUAUGGCCUUGGGGCAGGACGCAUUUGGCUGGAUGACGUUGUUUGCUCAGGGGAGGAGCCAUCCUUGGAGUUCUGCCUGCACAGGUUGUGGGGGUAUCAUGACUGCACCCACAAGGAAGAUGUGGCAGUGAUCUGCUCGAAUAGUGUCUUGGACUCCGAUACUUAACCUGGAUACCUGCUUGCUCUCCAGGGCCUGCUGAUCCUUCUAACAAUCUAAGUCCUGGUUGUGGACUUUAGCCACCUCCCCCUCUGGCUCUCUGGAGUUUGAAUUUGUGCCUUCACCUUGAUCUCAGGGCUACACACCCCCAUCAUCACCUUAAGAUACGAGCUGCUGAGCUCCCUUGCUGGGAAGAGCUUCCAGUUACCCUAUGCUCACUGCUGACCCCUUGGUAUUGGUUCUGGCCUUUCCUGCCUCUUCCCAGUCCACCUUCAACUCUCUGGUCUGUCACUAUGAUGGAUGUGCAGGCCAUGACUAAGGCAUAGUCUGUUUGUAAACAAAAUAGAGGAUGAAACAACAAAAGGAGCAUCUGGAAGGGAAUAAUGCACAGGCAAUUUUUUGGAAGUAGGGGAGAAAAUAUUUUUUUAACUCUUCUCACAUUUCAUGACAAAUGAAGUGAUCAGAACAAUAGCACCUCAUUCUCUGCUAUUUCUCGGAGAAAGCAGCAUACUCUUUCAGUAGCAGAGUGGUGCCCUGUAGUCCUUGACUAUUAUAGUUUGAGUUUUAGAUGUCUACCAAAAAUACCAUUUUGUUUGAAGCUUUGUCUCUAAUACAUCAGAGUUCAUAGGUGGGGCCUUUAGAAUCUGACUGGUUCAUGAGGUAUGAGCCCUCAGCCUUUAUGAAUAGAUUAAUUAUUGACAAAUACAUAACUUAAUGAGCUAUUGGGACGUGGUGGAAACCUGAGGCGAUGGGGUCUAAUUGAAGGAAGCAGGUAGUUUCAGGCAUACCUUUAAAGGGAAUAUUUUGUCCCCAGCCACUCUCUCUCACCCUCCCUCUGUCUUGGCUUCUUUAAAACUAUGAGCUGGAGUAACGAUUCCUUCCUGUAGAUUAGUUUCCUUGGGUCAUAACAGCAGAAAGCUAGCUAACUGGUAAACCUUUUAUGAUACUUAGGAAAAUGUGCUUUAUUUUCUGACUAUUCCAAUAAAAUACCUUUGUUUUCAUCCCUGUA